AUCAGUUGAUAGUUGCACCUUGGUGUAGUCAAAUACUUUUAAGUUAUUUAUUUAUUAAAAAAAACAAAACCCGCUCAAAAUGUUCAAAUUCGUUGUUUUCGCUGCCGCUGUUGCCGUGUGCCAGGCCGCCUACUCCCUGAACCCAGCCGGCCCAACCUACGCCGGAAUCCACACCCCGGCCGUCACCAGCCAGCAAUCGAACAUCCUCCGCACCUACGGAAACCUGGGACAGAUCUCGACCCACUCCAAGACCAUCGACACCCCAUACUCGUCGGUGAGCAAGUCCGAUGUCCGCAUCAGCAACCCAGGACUGGCCGUCGGAUCCGUUGCUGCCGCUUACCCUGCUGCCUAUCACGCCCCAGCUUACGCUGCCCCAGCCUACGCCGCCCCUGCCCUCGCCCACCCAGCCAUCUAUGGUGCUCCAGCCGUUAAGGCCGUCGCCGCUGCCCCAGCUCUGUUGGGAGUCGCCUACUCUGCUGCCCCAACCGUCGCCCACAUGACCUACAGCAACGGAUUCGGCAUCAACUACGCCUGGUAAGGUAUUUAACCAAUCGGCAAAACGGACCACCGGCCCAACGGCAAUCGUGAAAAUCUCUCGGGAAUUACCACAACUCUAAGUCACGCAACAACCAACACACACAGUCAACGGAACUGGGGACGUGAAAUGAGACCUCCGACCAGCAACGUUCCCACCUAACACGCAACUUUUGUGAUAAGAACAACAGCGACAACAACGGAUAAUAAAAGAAAAUGAACAAAAUUUGAGCCAAACCAUGUGGAAUUAGUUUAAUUAAUUUGGGUGACACUUUUGCAAAUUCGCUACAUUAAAUUUUAUCGGCUACUAACAAUGAUAUCGAUAGCAUACCGAUAAAUAAUUGCGAUUCGAGAAUCUCGAUCAUGAU